UCAAAAAUAGUGGCGGUGAAAUGUUGGCAUGCAGCCCUAGUCCGAGAAGCUGGCAGCACUCUUUUGAAUAUUUGGCUGCUUUUUAACUACCAUUAGUUUUCCAUGGCCCGAGAAAAUUUCAUAUACUAUAUCAUUCUAAAUAUAUAUUUGGAAGUAUGUAUAAUAGCGACACAAGCACAUACUGCUCUGAGGCAGAGCUCACCGUCAACCUUGGAGAAUGCAGCCAACAGUUGCAGCUACGCAGAUCGGAACGGUUAAUGUUAAAGGAAAACGUUUCUGUGGUUCAAAAAGAACGUUCUCCGCAAUUGUUUGAAGAUACGGAAUCCGAAAUUAGCCAGCUAACUUGUGCCCAAAUGAUAAAUACCACAGAGGAUUCUGAAGUAACAAAAAUUAGUCAAGGCCUAUCUCCUGCCAAAUCCAAGGAUGAAGUGACGAAAAUUGUUCACCUACGUCAGGGAAAGAUACUUAAGCGAUCAUUUGAAGCGACUAUGGAGGACGAAAUGAUGAUGCCACCAGUAAAGUGCAAAGCAGCAAGUUUCACCCAAGUUCCCACGAAGCGGCAAAGCUCAAAUCCCAGAACUAGAGGCCGUCUGCCUCGGAAAAAAACACUGCCAAAGCACCCACGGCUAUCCCAAAGUCAGCCAAGACGUGGUCGUUCAAGAAAGGAAAAUCCUUCAGAACCAGCGCCGUCUCAAUCACAAACGAUUUUGACCCAGCCCAAACAAAACCAAAACCAAUUAGAGUUAUCCCAAGAUAUUUCCGAUCAGCCAGCGCAACAGGCGACAUUACAAUACAACAACUCGUCCACUCAGCCUUCAACUCCAUCGAAGCUACCUACUCAAUAUCCAGCGCAUUUCAUACACCAAUUACCACCUUCACAAGAGUCUAGCCAUGAUAGUGUGUUGACACCCGAACCAACCCAACCAGCAAACGAUAUGGUGCCAUCACCCUAUUUGGAUUCACUAAGCUCCUGCAGUUCCUCUUCACUAUGUGAUUCCGUAGCCAGAAUAUUUGGCACCAAGGAUGUUAACCAAGUCCUAAAGAUGGAAUGUCCACGUAAAAUUUUCUUAUUGGACGACCAUUUGCCAGCCAUGGCCAUGAUGCUUGAUGUAGAGCUAGAUCGUUUACGUUCAGUAAUUGACAUUACUCAAAAAUUGACACACGAGCAGCUAGUGCUUUGGCCACAGAUCCACCAACGACUACCAUCUAGUGGUGAUUUAUCAUCAACUCAAACAUGAAUAUCGAAACUGUUUACAAUUUUUUUGAAUGAUUGAAGGAAUUGCAAAAUUCUCUAAAGACUUUACACCCAAAUCAAAAUGUUCAAACUGAUAUUAAACAUACUAUAUAUCUGUAAUCUGAGCUGGUUUCCUUCAACAUUUUUCAUUUUCUAUAAGUUUAUAAAAUUUUAAACUGCGUCAAUGAAAGAAAUUUUACUACUUAACACGGUAGAGAGAUACAAAAAGUCGACAAAGAUACUAAUUUAUGCCUUAUUGAAACAUUGAUCUUUUGUUUUGUUUAAGAAAAUAAAGAGGAUAAAUAUUUGA